AUACUAAAGAAAAUAAUAAUAAUGUGUGAAGCUUAAGGUACCAAAAUAUAAUUAACAUCACUAACAUACAAAAAAUCAAAGAUUCCCAUGUAUCCCUACCCUUUUCAAUAGGGAUAUUUUAUAAUAAUUAUUACUAACAAAAUGGAAAAUCAAAAUAAAAUAAAUAAUUCAACUCUGAAGCUUUGAGAAAUUUGCGCUCCAUUUUCGAAAUAGACAAUGCCUGUGAUUUAACAAAGCCUCACUCUUAAACGAAUCUUGCUUUUAUGCUCCUCCUGAUCUUCUUCUUCUUCUUCUUCUUCUCCUUCUCUUCUUUCAAAUCCAUUUUUUUCCUGAUAGUGGAAUUGUUCAUUCAGAUUUCUGAAUAAACUCAUAACCUUCAUCAUUUCUUCUUCAAUGAAGGGGGAGGAGUAUGAUAAUUCUGUCAAUCUGGAGAGGCUGUCUCUCAAAUGACAUCAGAACUUGUGAUUCUUGUUGUUGUCUUGAUAUCUCUGCAGCUGCAUUGGGGUGUAGAUGCCCUCGGUUCGGCCUCCACUGUCGCUGUCGCAUAUGGCACCUCCACCGUCUGCGGUAUUUCUGCAGGUAAGAAAAGCCAGAGAAUUCAAUGCCAUAGAGGAGAUCAAGUGAUCUCCAUUCUACCCCAGGUCUCCUUUGAAGCAAUCUCUGGAGGGCAGAGCUUCUUCUGUGGUCUUCGAACUGGCGGGUUCAGUCUUCAUUGUUGGGAGACUGAUGCUGGAUUUUCGAAUCAUAGUUUUCAACCUAAACGUAUUUACUACAGCACCAACUUCCCAUUGACUGAUCUGGCUGUUGGUGAUGCUCAAGUUUGUGCAAGAGAGAUUAGUUCCGGUAAAGCUAUAUGCUGGAGGGGAUCAAACAGAGUAGGGUCUUUAUUUCCUUCGCCUGAUCCAGCAUUGGACUUUCUAACAAUCACAUCAGGAAGUGGGUUUUCAUGUGGGAUUCUGAAGAACAAAACCGUAAGGUGCUGGGGGAACAAUGGAAUUGGAUCAAAGAUUCAAUCUCAGCUUGGGAAUCUGCUAAUGGCAAGCUUAGUCGCUGGAGAGUCUCACGUCUGCGGAUUGACCGCAUUGGAUGGUGUUUUAGUAUGCAAAGGAAACAACAACGCUGGCCAAUUGGAGGUUCCUUCCAAUUCAGCUCAUGAGUACUCAGACCUUGCAUUGGGGACGAGUUUCACUUGUGCAAUAAGGCAAAAUAAUGGAGUGGUUUCAUGUUGGGGUGAAGGAGCAAAUGAACUCAACAUUGAAAAAAACAUCAAUGUAAGUGUUUCAUUUGAGCUAAUCACAGCAGGAUCUGACAUGUUAUGUGGGUUGAAAACAAAUAAUUUGACAAUAAUGUGUUGGUCCAAAGCCAACAACAACUCACCUGUUGUUCUUCCAUUGGGAAUGAUAAUCCCUGGCCCUUGUGUUCAAGAUUCUUGCAGCCACUGUGGCAUCUAUCCAAAUUCAGCAUUCCUCUGUGAUGGGUCUGGAAAUAUUUGCAAAUCUUGCCAGAGAGAGCUCCCAUUUGCAGUGCCAUUGCCAAAGAGUCCAAAUUCUUCAUCAAACCCAGGUUCCUCUUCACCUACAAAAUCCAUAAACAGGCUCACCAUGGCAUUUCUCAUAGUUGGAGCAAUUGGGGCUUUAGCAGGAACCUGCACCAUUUUGUUCUGCAUAUCGAAUUGCUUAACUUCUCGUUCUUCUUGCAACACAGCAAAUAAUCAAGAACAGAACAUAAAUCAACUAUCCCUAAUAGAAAAUUCCUCCGCACGGGCAUUUUCUCUAAUGGAGCUUGCUGUUGCAACAAACAACUUCUCCUCUGAAAACAAGAUAGGAGCAGGAAGCUUUGGAGUGGUUUACAAAGGGAAGCUCACAGAUGGAACAGAAGUAGCUAUCAAAAGAGGAGAAACCAAAAAUGACGAGAAAACAGAAGACCCACAAGAGAAACAAAACGCAUUUUGUUCAGAACUAACAACAGUAUUGCGGCUAAAUCACAAACAGUUGGUGGGCAUGGUGGGUUAUUGCCAAGAAAACGACGAGCGCCUCCUAGUUUACGAAUACAUGCCAAACGGUUCUCUCCAUGACCAUUUACACAACAAAGAUGGGUUAUUAUUAAAUACAUGGAACAUAAGGAUAAAAAUCGCAUUAGAUGCAGCCAGAGGAAUCGAGUACCUUCACAAUUACGCAGUCCCACCGAUAAUCCACCGAGACAUCAAAUCCUCCAACAUACUACUAGACGGAAAUUUCACAGCCAAAGUGUCCGAUUUCGGAUUGUCGUUAAUGCGACAACCGGAAACUUCAACGGAGAGCGCGGUUGGGGGUACAAUAGGGUACAUUGAUCCGGAGUACUACGUAUCGAAGAUUUCAACGGCGAAAAGCGACGUGUACGGAUUAGGGGUUGUACUACUGGAGCUUUUGACGGGGAAGAAGGCAGUGUUUAGAGAUAGCGGAGGUGGAGUUCCGAUGACGGUGGCAGAAUAUGCGGUGGAGCGAAUUGGGAGAGGGGAGCUAUGGAAUGUGGUGGAUAAGAGGGUAAGGGGAGGAGAGAUGAAGGAAGUGGAUGCGGUGGAAAUGGUGGCGUAUACGGCGAUGCAUUGUGUGAAGUUGGAGGGAGAAGAAAGGCCGAAUAUUGGGGACAUUGUUGAGAAUUUGGAGAAAGCUAUUGCUCUUUGUAGUGACGAACUCUGUGACAGUGUCUAACACCAUUUCUUCCUUUUCUUCUUCUUAUUCUUCUUCGUCUUCUUCUUCUUCUUCUUCCUCUUCUUCUCCUCCUCCUUCUCUAGAAUGAUGGGUUGUUCUUCUUUUCCAUUUUAUUUAUCUUACAACCAUUUAUUUAUUUUGAGAUUUUUGUGGAUGGAUUGCAAAAUUGUUGGAAAAUAAAUUUGAAAGUUUUGUAUAGUCAUAAAUUUGAGUUUUGUGUUUUUGUCGUUA